AUGGCAGGCAUUCUUGUUGGUAUGGCGUAUUUUAUUUUCGUCGGCGAGGUGUCGGUGAUGGACAGUCCGCCAUUGAUGCUGGCCGUGCUCGGCGUGGUGCUGAUGGCGGUUAUCGGCGUGGUUAUGGUCGGCAGUACGCGUGCUCAGUUGCACGAACAGGCCGCCCAGAACGAGCGUAACCAGGCAGCUAUUCUGCAACUGCUUGAUGAGUUGGCAGACCUGGCUGAAGGCGACCUCACCGUACACGCCUCCGUGACGGAAAACUUCACCGGCGCCAUCGCAGAUUCGAUCAACUUCGCCAUCGACCAGAUGCGCGGGCUGGUAUCGAAUAUCAAUUCGUUGUCGGUACAGGUGGCUAAAGCCGCAGGUGAUACUCAGGGUACAGCCAGUAACCUGGCCUCUGCAGCUGAGAAUCAGGCCAAAGAAAUUGGUGCAGCCUCUACGGCGAUCAAUGACAUGGCAGUAUCGAUCGAUCAGGUGUCCUCUAAUGCCGCUGAAUCUGCCUCUGUUGCGGAACGUGCAGUAGAGAUUGCCAACAAAGGCUCACAUGUUGUGCAGGAUACGAUCAGCGGCAUGGACAGCAUUCGCAGCCAGAUUCAGGAAACAGCAAAACGGAUCAAGCGGUUGGGUGAGUCGAGCCAGGAAAUUGGCGACAUCGUGAGCCUGAUUAAUGAUAUUGCUGAUCAGACCAACAUCCUGUCGUUGAACGCGGCUAUUCAGGCCUCUAUGGCCGGUGAUGCCGGGCGUGGGUUUGCAGUGGUCGCUGAUGAAGUACAACGUUUGGCGGAACGUUCCUCGGCGGCAACCAAGCAGAUUGCUGCGCUGGUGAAGACCAUCCAGACGGAUACCAAUGAAGCGGUUAUCUCCAUGGAGCAGACCACCGCGGAGGUUGUUGAUGGUGCUCGCCGUGCACAGGAUGCGGGUGUUGCGCUGGAAGAAAUUGAAAGCGUGUCGACUAACCUUGCUGAAUUAAUUCAGAACAUUUCCAAUGCUGCCCGACAACAGGCAGCAACUGCUGGCCACGUCAGCAAUACCAUGAACGUGAUCCAGGAGAUCACCUCGCAAACCGCAGAGUCAACUGAUGUGACAGCGAGUUCUAUUGGUAAUCUUGCCGGCAUGGCAAACGAGAUGCGUGCUGAUCUGCUCGAGACAUUGAACGAUGCGCGUAUUGCCCUCGACGACUACGCCGAGCAGGGUAAUGAUGAAACGCGCAUGCGGGCAUGUCUGACCGGUUUGCACCAGGUGCACGGCACCCUUGUCAUGCUCGAACUCAAAGGGGUCACCCAGCUGGCGGAUCACCUGGAACAGCUGGCACAGGCCAUGCUGGCGAAGUCGAUUGAGGAUGAAGCAGCAGCUGGUCAAGCGCUGAUGCAGGGCAUCCUGGAACUGCCCGGUUAUCUCGAUGAGCUGCAGCGUGGUGCUGAUGACAACGUCAGCACGUCUAUGCCUCUGGUAAACGAAAUACGCGAGCUUAUGCAGCAGGCACCGCUGAUCGAUCCCGCUGGUGCCAGUUUGAGGGAAGGUGCCAGCGAUCAGGUAAUUGCCCGGUUCAAUGCAAUUGGUGGUCCUGAAAAAGUUAUCCGCAUUCGUUCUGCAUAUCAGAAUGUGUUGCUGUCUAUUCUCAAAGGUGAAGAUCGUAGUGCUGCGGUGGGGACACUGGGGAAAAUUGCUAUUGGCCUCGAAAAGGUCACUGAUGGUGCCCCCCUGGCGCGACAAUGGCAGGCGUUUGCCGAAUUUGUCGAUAGCCUCAAAAAACAUACAGGUGUACUCGAAAGCGAAGCGGUGAAACUGCUGCGUCGGGUAGAUCUUGAAAUUAAAAAUCUGGCCAAAGAUGGUGAGGCGGCCUUGCGUCGCCCGGUCAACAUGGAGUUGGUCGAACAACUUCUCGAUGGGGCCGUAGCGCGAGAUAAUCGUAGCGAGGCCGUUACCGGUCUGCAGGAAGCAUUGGCGCGCGAUGUCAGCAACAAUACUCUGGCGAUAUCCGGGCGACAGGCUUUGGGAAGCGCGGCGGGUGCGCUACAGGAAGAUCUCGGUCAGGUGAAAGACAAACUGGAUCUGCUGGUGCGUGCGGACAGUAUUGAUCUGGACGCGUUGCGCCUGCUGAUGACGCCACUUAAACAGAUUGGUAGUACGUUGUCGCUGCUGGGAUUUGAAAGCUCCCGGGAGAUUGUUGUCGAUCAGGUCGAAGCCAUUGAGAGCCUGGUUGUGCUCGGCGACGAUGAUCCUCAGGCAGUGCAGAGCAUUGCCGGAGCAUUGGUGCAGAUUGAUGAAAAUCUGAGUAGCGUCAUUCAGGGUUCCGGACAGAGCGAAGUUGAACAGAUAACCAGUGAUGCACAACUCCAGGUAUUGCGCGAAGCGCGUAAAGACCUAGAUAUCAUCAAGCAGAACAUUGUCGAUUUUGUAACUGCGCACUGGAGCAUCGGGCAUCUGCAGGAUGUUCCAGCAAAAUUGACGAAUAUUGCCAGUACACUCGAAAUUAUACCGCUGCCCAAAGCGAUAGAGAUGCUGACGCGUGCUGCUGAUUAUAUAUCUACUCGUCUGAUGCGGGGGUAUCGCCCCGAAUGGCAGGAGUUGGAUCAGUUUGCCGAUGUGAUCAGCGCGCUGGAUUAUUACCUUGAACGGCUGGCUGAUGAAACCAGCUCUGGUGCAGAAGACAUUCUACUGGUUGCCGAGCGCAGUCUGACGGAUAUCGAGAUGAUGUCUGCAGCGUUUGCUGCUGAGCAGCAGCUUCAAGCACGUUCAGCAGAUGACUCAGUCCAUGAAGUGGCCAACGCGAAUGAGCUUCUGGCAGAAGCACCAGUCGAGGUUGAACCGGUUGAGAACGAAGCGCCUGAAACAGAAACACUUGAAACAGAAACACCUGAAACGGAAACGGCUGAGGUAGAAGCUACAGCUCCAGAAACACCUGCUGACAUCCUGAUCCCGCUUGAUGCCGCCGACCCCGAUGUUGCUGCUUUUGCGGCUGAUAUGGAUGCCAUCGUUGAGGAAAUACCUGGCGAUACAGAACUUGUACAGGCGGACGCAUCAGCUGAGUUCGAAGAAGCACACACGAUAGAUACCGCUGGCGAAGCGGAGGCAGAAGAUACAACCCUUGAUCUGGAUAACCUUCCUGAGCUGGAAGAGCCCCAGCUUGAGUUCGAAGAGGACAUCGGCUUUGACUUAUCCAGCGAUGCUUUUGCGGGCCUGAGUGGUGCCGUUGAGGGUGCCGAAGACGAAACCCUGGAGCCAGCAGAAACGCAGACUGCUGAACCGGUUGCGGCAGUUGCAGAAGUCGAACCGCCAGACCCGGAAAUUGUUGAAAUUUUUGUCGAAGAGGUGGAUGAGGUCUUCGAAACCAUUGGCGAAUAUCUGCCCCAGUGGGCCAGUAAUUUUGAUAACAACGAUGCGCUGACAGAAGUGCGCCGUGGGUUCCAUACGCUGAAGGGCAGCGGUCGCAUUGUGCAGGCCGUGGCCAUUGGUGAGUUGGCCUGGGGCAUUGAGAACAUGCUCAACAGGGUCAUGGACGGCACCGUGCAACCCGGCGAUCAGUUUGUUGACGUGAUUAACGAAGCGCUGGCCCUGGUGCCCGGCUUACGAGAUGCCUUCGAGAAAGGCCAGUCUGGUGAUCUUGAUGCGAUUACAAGCGUCAUUGAAAAAGCGGAUGUAUUGUCGUCCGGUGGCACACUCGAAAGUGUUGCCGUCGCGCCAGCGAUUCCCGAAACGCCAACAGCAUCGGUGAUGCCCGAGGAUGCGCCAGAAUCGCUGCAGGCGGAAGCGCCGGAAACAGACGCGCCUUCGCUCGAUACGCUAUCGCAGGUGCCCGCAACAGCUGACGAUUGGCUGGACGAGGUUGAGCUGGAGGCCAGCGUCGCCGAAGACGAGAAUCAACAGGUAGCAGAAACGCCAGCUUAUGACAGUACCGUUGAACUAUUUAUUACAGAAGCCAGAGAACACCUCGCAAAUCUGGUCGCUGAAAAUGCACGCGAACCGUGGUCACUGACAGAUCCGAUUGCGCGAGCAUUCCAUACGCUUACUGGUGGUGCCGCGCUGGCUGAAUUACCGCAGGUACAGCUUAUUGUUGAACCUGCUUAUCAGGUUGUAGAAGCGCUGCGUAGCGUACCCCCAACCCCAGAAUUACAGGCUUUUUUCCAGUCUGCUGAACAACAUCUGAGCGCCUGCUUGGAUGCCCUGCAAAGCGGUGCGCAUUGGGAAGAGCCGUUAGAAUUUGUUGCUGCUGCAGAUGAUCUUUUAGCCGCCGGAGGCAAUACGCCGCGCGCAGUGGAUCAACUUCUGGACUCACCUGCAACCUCAACCAUCUUUGAAUCUGAAGAAGCGGUACUUGCUUACCUGGCGGCAGCAGACCGCGGUGAAGAAGUGGCACCCGUUGCGCACUUACCAGAUACCCUUGCUGCAGUUGCACAGCUUGCAACACAGAUGCACACACAGUCGUUGAGCCUGUUGGCCACGCAACUAAAUCGAACUUUCAGCGCUGCGGCAACAAUGCAGCGUUUGCCUGCGGGCGCAUCCACAGUGAUGCGCGCGGGAUACCAUCAGCUGAUAGAUCAGCUGAAUGAGAUCGCUGCUGGCAGUGAGCCGGCGUUACAGGCGGAGCUUAUCACUGCACUUACGGAAUUAGAUUUCACAAUUUCUGCAGAAGAAGAACUGCCGAUUGUUGAAACCCAUGCGGAUGAGGCGCCACCGUUGGAUGCUGAUGCCGCUGAACUGGCAGACAUUGCCGAAGUAGAUGCGGAUCUGGUUGAAGUUUUCUUUGAAGAAGCUGAUGAGAUCUGCGAGGCACUUGAAACCAGUAUUCUCAGCUGGUCGGCUGAGCGAGACAAUCGCCUCUACAUGGAGAACAUGCUGCGUGGAUUACACACGCUCAAGGGCGGUGCGCGCCUGUGUGGUUUAAGCACUCUGGGUGACAUGGCCCAUGACUUUGAAAGUGUGGUGAUCGAAGUUCAAAACGAUGAACGGACGGUUGACGAUGCUCUGUUCAGCGACCUUACUCAGCGUUAUGACACCAUCACCGCGCGUCUGCAGCAGGUGCGCAGCCAGCUUGAACAGGCGCCGGGCGUAGCCGCCGCGGCAACGCCAAGCGUACCGGACGAGCCGGUUGUACCGCUGGAACAAGUGCAGACGCCAUCGAGUCCUGCAGCGCAGGAAAUUUCACAACCUGCCAUCGCAGCUGAUAAGCCGGCUGAAGUGAGCGACGUCAACAGGGUGCUUGAAGCUGUCAAUCUGCAGCAGGCGGCCGCGAAAGCCGAAAGUGCAGAUACAACAACCCCGGCUGCAGAUCCUGCCGCUGCACAAACCACCGCGGCGACUGAAAAAGUCACUGCGGAACGUGGCAGUCAGGAGAUGGUCCGGGUCGGUUCGGCCCUGCUCGAGGAGUUGGUUAAUCUGGCUGGUGAGAGUUCAAUUCUGCGUGCUCGCAUUGAGCAGGGUAUGAGCGACUUUACCGGCGCGUUGGAUGAGAUGGAAACCACCAUCGAACGCCUGCGGGAACAGCUGCGUCGCCUCGAAAUAGAAACGGAAACCCAGAUUCUGCACCGCCAUGAACGUAAUGACGGUCCGCAGUAUGAGAAUUUUGAUCCACUUGAAAUGGAUCGCUAUAACCAGUUACAGCAACUCUCGCGCAGUCUGACGGAAAGUGCAUCAGACAUGCUGGAUCUGAAAGAAACGCUGCUGUUUAAAGCACGUGAAUCAGAAACCUUGUUGCUGCAGCAGGCGCGAAUUAAUACAGAGUUGCAGGAAGGUCUCAUGCGUACCCGCAUGGUGCCGUUCAGCCGUCUGUUGCCGCGUCUGCGUCGUAUCGUCAGGCAGGUCUCCGGCGAACUGGAUAAAGAAAUCGAAUUUCAUGUGCAGAACGCUGAAGGUGAGCUGGAUCGCAAUCUUUUAGAGCGCAUGGUGCCGCCGCUUGAGCAUAUGCUCAGAAAUGCGGUAGACCACGGUAUUGAAGAUGUUGACCUGCGCCGCACCUAUGGCAAGUCUGCCAUCGGGCGCAUUGAUCUGCGUUUGACCCGUGAAGGCGGCGACGUUGUCAUCGAGAUCAGUGACGACGGUGCCGGUAUAGAUGUUGAGACGGUGCGCGAAAAAGCGAUCGAGCGCGGCCUGAUGGCCGCGGAUGCGCAGCUAAAUGACGAAGAGGUGCUGCAGUUUGUUCUGGCUGCCGGUUUCUCCACAGCCAAGUCAGUCACGCAGAUUUCCGGUCGCGGUGUGGGCCUGGAUGUGGUGGCCAGUGAAGUGAAGCAGCUGGGUGGCAGUGUAAAUAUUGUUUCACGUCCCGGAAAAGGCACACGAUUUGUUCUGCGGGUACCGUUUACGGUGUCGGUAAACCGAGCCCUGAUGGUUUCGGUAGCAGAAGAUUUAUAUGCAAUACCAUUGAAUACCAUCGAAGGUAUUGUGUUGCUCAGUCCUGACCAGUUACAGGCGUUGUACAGUAGCGACAGUAAAACCUUUGAAUAUGCUGGCGUACCCUACCGGGUGCGUUAUCUCGGCCAGUACCUGGGUCGCGAAUACCACGGCACCGGUGGCACACAAACGAGUGUACCGGUGGUGCUGGUGCGCUCGGGUGAUCAUGCUGUGGCGAUUCACGUCGACCUGGUUCAGGGCAGCCGCGAAAUUGUGGUGAAGAGUCUGGGCCCGCAGUUUGCUGGCGUAGGCGGCAUAUCCGGCGCAACCAUCCUUGGUGAUGGCAGCGUGGUUGUGAUUCUGGAUCUAUUGGCCCUGAUUCGGGCCCAACAGUUCGAACGAACUCCACGCGGCGGUGCUGCCCGGGUUCGAACAGGCCCGCGCUGUGUCAUGGUUGUCGACGACAGCGUGACGGUGCGUAAAGUGACCUCGCGUCUGCUGGAACGCCAGGGUAUGGAUGUGCUGGUGGCCAAAGAUGGUGUAGAAGCAGUGGCGCUGCUGCAGGAGCGACGCCCCGACGUCAUGCUGUUAGAUAUUGAAAUGCCGCGAAUGGACGGUUUUGAAGUCGCACGACAGGUGCGCCACGAUGACCGUCUGGGUGAUCUACCGAUUGUGAUGAUCAGCUCCCGGACCGGUGACAAGCAUAAAGAGCACGCCAGCCAGUUGGGCGUGAAUAAAUUUCUCGGCAAACCGUUUCAAGAAAAUGAACUGCUCGCAACCAUAGAUGAGCUGGUAUCCCCGAAUUAG